ACUCGGCGGCUGGCAUAGUGCAUGUUCAUUUGACAUGGCGUGCAAAAGAAUUUUCCAUAGUCGCCGUGUCAUUGAACCCAUUUUCUUAUUCUCGCUUGGAGUUUUUCUUUGCACAGAUGCAAAGCCGGCUGUCAUAAAAGCAAUACCCACGACAGCAACUGAAAAAUCCUGGUUCCACUCAGUGUCGUCAGCAUUUGAGGGACUGUGGCCUGGACAGCACAAUCAAGAUGCUCGCAUAAUCGGAGGAACAAAAGUUGAUGGCGCGUAUCCAUGGUUGGUGGAGUUCCUUCCAAAUUCGACCACAUUAUGUACGGCUCAGAUCGUCUCUGCAACUUGGGCAUUAUCUGCGGUCCAUUGCGUUGUCGAUUGGAACACGGGGACGAUAAUGCCGGCUUCGUCUGCCCGACUCAUCGUCGGCUGCAACAGCAACACACUAUCAACGAAUUGCAACCGAGUUCAAGUCAAACGGUUUGUUCCUCAUCCAGAUUUCAAUGCAACACUGCUUGAAAAUGACAUUUUGCUGAUCGAGGUCUCGGUCGAUCUGUCCCCACUGAUCAACAACCAGUUCCCAAAGAUCGAUGGGCUUACAACUCUGCCCGCUGGACUUCUUAGCCCUGGGAAUUCCAUCAUCCUUGCAGGCUUCGGGGUGACAGCAAACAUACAGUCGGGAAAGCCACCUGAGAUUCCCUUCGCAUUGUACGAGGUUUCCGUUCCUAUCGCAACAGAGCAAACGUGCAAGAACAGCAAUCCCUCUCUUGCAACCUUCGCUUCUCGAUGGGUGUGGUUGUGCGUAGAUGGAGAAGGGCAGAAGGACAGCUGCGAAGGAGACUCAGGUGGCCCAGCCUUUUUCUCUGUCAGCAACUCUGCCUACAUCGUUGGAGUGCUCAGCAUGGGAUCACAGUUACCGUUAAAUGCUCCCUUAUGCGCGACGCCUGGGCGCUAUGGCGUGUACACACAGAUCAGUUUCUACUCCGAUUUUCUGAAGAGUCACAUCUAUGAUAUUCAAUUCCAAGGUACUGUUUCAAAGGGAGACAGGUUAAUUUCUUCUUCCUGGCCCAUUUUCAUUUUCGCAAGUGUUGUUGUCACAACAUUACUUCCUUAGAUGAAUGUAACCUAUCUCACCAUGUUAGAUGUAAGAAAAAUAUGUAUAAGAAGAGAUUUCGAGUG